AAAAAACUAUUCAACUCUCCCACACACACGCUCUCUCUCCUCUUUCCUCCAAAACUCUGGCGAUGGAAUGAGACGUAGUUAGAUACGAUGGCAGCGAAUUUGAAAUCUGUAACGGCUUUAUGCACCGUACUCGCCGUCGUUAUCUUGCUUUUCCGUGGCGGUGCGGCGGCGGUGGAGGAUGAGACCGAGUUUCACGGCGACUACUCGAAGCUAUCUGGUAUAAUCAUCCCGGGAUUCGCGUCGACGCAGCUGAGAGCGUGGUCAAUGCUCGACUGUCCGUACACUCCGUUGGACUUCAAUCCUCUCGACCUCGUUUGGUUAGACACCACUAAGCUUCUCUCUGCUGUAAACUGCUGGUUUAAGUGUAUGGUGCUAGAUCCUUAUAAUCAAACGGAUCAUCCCGAGUGUAAGUCACGCCCUGACAGUGGUCUUUCUGCGAUCACGGAAUUGGAUCCAGGUUACAUAACAGGUCCUCUUUCUACUGUCUGGAAAGAGUGGCUUAAGUGGUGUGUUGAGUUUGGCAUUGAGGCUAAUGCAAUUGUUGCUGUUCCCUACGAUUGGAGAUUGUCACCAACCAAAUUGGAAGAGCGUGAUCUUUACUUUCACAAGCUCAAGUUGACCUUUGAAACUGCUUUAAAGCUCCGUGGCGGUCCUUCUAUAGUUUUUGCACAUUCUAUGGGUAAUAAUGUCUUCAGAUACUUUCUGGAAUGGCUGAGGCUAGAAAUUGCACCAAAACAUUACUUGGAGUGGCUUGAUCAGCAUAUCCAUGCUUACUUCGCUGUUGGAGCUCCUCUUCUUGGCUCAGUUGAGGCAAUCAAAUCUACUCUAUCUGGUGUAACGUUUGGCCUUCCUAUUUCUGAGGUUUUGAAUUGGCUAGUUAUCAACCAACAUAUGUGGGGAACUGCUCGAUUGCUGUCCAAUUCUUUCGCUUCUUCGUUGUGGCUUAUGCCAUUUUCAAAGAACUGCCAGGGUGAUAACACGUUCUGGACGCAUUUUUCUGGUGGUGCUGCAAAGAAAGACAAGCGUGUAUACCACUGUACUGACGAGGAAUAUCAAUCAAAUUAUUCUGGCUGGCCCACGAAUAUCAUCAACAUUGAAAUUCCUUCCACUAACAGCCGUGAUGCGUAUGCGUCAGUUACAGAAGCAGUUCAGGCCAACAUGACCACCAUGGAAUGUGGUCUCCCCACUCUAUUGUCUUUCACAGCCCGUGAAUUGGCAGAUGGGUCUCUUUUCAAAGCAAUUAAAGACUAUGACCCAGAUAGCAAGAGGAUGUUACACCAGUUGAAGAAGUUGUAUCAUGAUGACCCUGUUAUGAAUCCUCUGACUCCUUGGGAGAGACCACCUAUCAAAAAUGUGUUUUGCAUAUAUGGUGCUCAUUUAAAGACAGAGGUUGGUUAUUACUUUGCCCCAAGUGGCAAACCUUACCCUGAUAAUUGGAUCAUUACGGAUAUCAUUUACGAGACUGAAGGUUCCCUCGUAUCAAGGUCUGGAACUGUUGUUGAUGGGAACGCUGGACCUAUAACUGGGGAUGAAACGGUACCUUAUCAUUCACUCUCUUGGUGCAAGAAUUGGCUCGGACCUAAAGUCAACAUAACAAUGGCUCCCCAGCCAGAACACGAUGGAAGUGAUGUACACGUGGAAUUGAAUGUUGAACACGAGCAUGGGUCAGACAUCAUAGCGAACAUGACGAAAGCACCAAGGGUUAAGUACAUAACCUUCUAUGAAGACUCUGAGAGCAUUACAGGAAAGAGAACUGCAGUCUGGGAGCUUGAUAAAACAAAUCACAGGAACAUUGUUAGAUCCCCAGUUCUAAUGCGGGAGUUAUGGCUUCAGAUGUGGCAUGACAUUCAGCCUGGUGCAAAGUCCAAAUUUGUCACCAAAGCCAAGCGCGGGCCACUUAGAGAUGCGGAUUGCUACUGGGAUUACGGGAAAGCAUGUUGUGCUUGGCAAGAAUACUGUGAAUACAGAUACAGUUUUGGGGAUGUUCACUUAGGACAAAGUUGUAGAUUGAGGAACACAUCUGCGAAUAUGCUGCUCCAGUACAUAUAGAUUUUCCUCCUUCAGCAAAGGACCAUUCCUUGCCCUCCAUUUUUCAAAACAUUCCAUUCUUAUUGCUCUCUAUUUUGCUACGCAUUUGCCUUCUCACGCAAAGGUAUUCUUUUGUGAUUUUAUUUUCUCUCUUAUGAGCGUAUGCUAAUUUGGUUACUGAUAGAGGGAAGUACUACUCUGAAAUUUACGGCUAAGUGAGUAAAAUCCGUAUUAAAAAGGUCUAUUUGUUAACAACACCUGCUUUUCGUGUUUACAAAACCGUUUACGUUUCCGGUUGCGUUUGAA